UCUAUUUUCAUUUGUUGGAAACAACUUUACUGCUUUGUACUUUGGUUGUUUCACAAGUUCAGUUCAGUGCUCUUUCGAAGUUCGUUGGUAAAGUGCCAAAUACAGCGGCUUCACAAAUCAACAACAGGUUAUUUUGACAAUAAUCAGUAGAAUUUUAAUUCUUGCGAGAUUUUGAAUUUUGUGUAUUAAAAUAUCCCAACGCGUACUCUGAAACAGCUGGUAUUGAUUUUUGAUAACUCAGCUGAUUGUCUUAUCACAAAAGCGUUGAACUUUCAUAACAUAACCUAUUUGUAGUAAAGUUUCUAACAUUUACAAUAAUUAUUUUAUUCUUGAAAAAUAUAAGCGAUUUUCAUUGUAAUUUAUAAUUUUGAGAACUAUUAAAAUAUGUCGAACAGACAUCCGGAAAUCAAAUAUACACAGCUAUUUAUCAACAACAAGUUUGUCGACUCCCAAUCGAAGAAAACAUUCUCUACUAUAAAUCCAAGUACUGGCAAAGAAAUAUGUAAAAUUUCAGAAGCCGACAAGGCUGAUGUUGAUUUAGCGGUUGAAGCAGCCAAUGCUGCUUUCAAGAGAGGUUCAUCAUGGAGAUCCAUGGAUGCUUCUGCCAGAGGAAAGUUGCUGUACAAGCUAGCGGAUCUUAUUGAGAGAGACAUCACUUACCUCUCAAAUCUAGAAACUCUUGAUAAUGGAAAGCCAGUUGGUGACUCCACAUUUGACAUAAACUGCGCCAUAGAUGUAUUCCGCUACUACGCUGGGUGGGCUGAUAAGAUUCAAGGGACAACCAUUCCGGUUGAUGGAUCGUUCUUCUCCUUCACAAGACGGGAGCCAGUGGGUGUGGUUGGCCAAAUUAUUCCGUGGAAUUACCCAAUACUGAUGGUCUCAUGGAAGUGGGGUCCUGCUCUGGCUGCUGGCUGCACUGUCAUCCUCAAACCCGCCGAACAAACUCCGUUAACUGCCUUGUAUUUGGCAGCCCUCGCUCAAGAAGCCGGCUUUCCACCAGGAGUGAUAAAUGUUUUGCCCGGUUAUGGGCCCACUGCUGGAGCAGCUAUAGCUCUACACCCAGGAAUCAACAAAGUUGCAUUCACAGGAUCCACCGAGGUUGGCCAUCAGAUUAUGGGAAAUGCUGCAAAAUCAAAUUUGAAGAGAAUUUCUCUAGAAUUGGGAGGCAAAAGUCCCUUAGUUGUCUGCGCUGAUGCUGAUCUUGAUCAAGCUGUUGAGGUUGCAUUCAAUGCGGUGUUUGCCAACCAUGGCCAGAAUUGUUGUGCUGGCUCGAGAACAUUCGUGCAAGCUGAGAUCUAUGAUGCAUUUGUGGCCAAAGCGGCAGAAAAGGCAAAACAAAGAAAAGUUGGCGAUCCGUUCGACAGUAGUGUAGCUCAAGGACCACAGGUCGACGAGGAAAUGUUGAACAAAGUGUUGGAUCUGAUUGAAUCGGGUAAAAAAGAGGGAGCAAAACUGGUGACUGGCGGCAGUCGAAUUGGAUCGGUCGGAUACUUUGUCCAACCAACUGUAUUUUCCAAUGUAACCGACAACAUGCGCAUCGCUAAAGAAGAAGUAAGUUAUAUCAAUCAAAUCAAACAAAAUUUUAUUCACAAAUUCAGUUCACAGGAUAGUUAUUUGAAUAAAGCCAUCAUCUUCUCCCAGGCAGUUCAAGCUGGUUCUGUUUGGGUUAACUGCUACGAUGCUGUUGUUCCGCAAGCUCCAUUUGGCGGGUUCAAACAAUCUGGAACCGGCAGAGAGUUGGGUGAAGACUCGCUGAAGGAAUAUGUUGAAAUAAAGACGGUCACAAUACAAAUACCUCAAAAAUGUUAAUAAGGGAUAUUAAUCAGAAACUGUGAACUUGAAGCUUUACUGAGCAUACAUAAACCACCAUUAAAAAAAUAUUCUAUAAUUACUGUCAUAAUAUCAUGGUGUUGGUAUUAUUAAAUGAUACAAAUUGGUAAUAAAUAAUAAAUA